CAGGUAAUUUAUAAGCGUUUAUAAACUGCAAACAAGAACAGUAAGUGAAGAAAUGUGUUUCGGAAGUCAAUUAACAUGGUUAUGUUCGUAACAACUAAAUACCUGAGUUGUUAGUGCUUGUUUUUGGCCUGACCGUUAAAAUCGCUACGUGUAUCUUCGUAAAAGAAACGGCUGAGUGUGUGACGUGCUGUCAGGAGCAGUUUGUCUACGAAGUCAUCUCCUCAUAUACUUCGUGGCUAACGAGAAAAGGCGGACAGUGAAAUUCAAAGGUUGUCCAUACUGUAGAACUGAAGCGAUGGACCAGGAGCCAACUAAGUGGAUAAAAAAAGAUGAAACUGAUGAAGUACAAACUGAGUUACACUUCAUAGGCCAAGAUUAUCCAUGCAGCAUGAAUGUAAAAGAAGAGUUGGAGGAGGGUGUGAAUAAAGAGUUUUUUGAAGACCCAUUAAAGGCUGGCGACCCUAGUGUUUGCGUAAAGCAAGACCCCGAACUGAAACACCAUGCUGCUGGAUCUGAGCAUAAUUCUGUUGAAGAUCCAUUGGGAAUAUCUUUGUCCACUGAUUUUAUUAAGGAGGAUCCUGAAUUAAAUAUAACUGAGAAUACUGUGGAAACCUCAAUAAGAUGUGCAUCUGAUAGUGCAAGAUUUACUCAGACUACUGGUGGGAGGUGCAGCAUAUCAUGUGAAGAACCUUGUCACCAUAGACUGGUCCAGGAUGAGUUGGUGAUAGACAUGGAGAAGUCAACACAUGGGUUCAGUACCAAUACAGAAGAUCUGACUAUUGAUAAGGAAUGCUCAGUUGCCACCCAAUAUGACUGUAGUACGAGGGAAAAGGAAUUACAUGUAUAUAGCUGUAAUUUCUGCCAACAGAGCUUUUCUUCAAAAUACAGACUCAUAAUGCAUGUGUUUACGCACAUUGGUGGAACGCAACCACCUUCGUAUGUUUGUAAGUGGUGUGGUGAGGUAUUUCACAGUAAUGUUGGCUUGAAAAAGCAUAUGAGAAUGAGUGAGAAUUGUCGAGUUUUAACUGCAGACAGUCAUGAAAAAUAUGGACAUAGUGAUGAGCAUCAAACCACUACCUCGUUGGAUAGCAAGGCACAAGUUUCUGUCACAGAACACAAUGACCAGUCUUCAUGUAAGGAAACUUGGAAAGAUUCAAAGAAGCCCUCUAAUGACAUAUGUAACACACAUAUGACAAAUGAUAGAGAGAAAACAAGUUAUUAUGGAACUUUGUCUAUAGCUGUUAAUGUCAGUGCCCAGGCUGAUCUACUUACUGCAAACAGAACUCACAGAUGUGGUAUUUGUGGUAAAUUGUUUGCUAGGUCUGGUGAUUUCAACAGACAUGUUUCCAUUCAUACUGGGAAAAGACUUCACAAAUGUGAUAUUUGUGAGAAAUGGUUUGCCCAGUCACGUUAUCUAAAGGCUCACACAUUAAUUCACACUAGGAAGAAACCUUACAUGUGCGAGAUUUGUGGGAAAUCUUUUACUAUGAUAGGUGACUUCAAGAAACACACAUUAAUUCACACUGGAAAUAAACCUCACAAAUGUGAGCAUCAAACCACUACCUCGUUGGAUAGCGAGGCAGAAGUUUCUGUCACAGAACACAAUGACCAGUCUUCAUGUAAGGAAACUUGGAAAGAUUCAAAGAAGCCCUCUAAUGACAUAUGUAACACACAUAUGACAAAUGAUAGAGAGAAAACAAGUUAUUAUGGAACUUUGUCUAUAGCUGUUAAUGUCAGUGUCCAGGCUGAUCUACUUACUGCAAACAGAACUCACAGAUGUGGUAUUUGUGGCAAAUUGUUUGCUAGGUAUGGUGAUUUCAACAGACAUGUUUCCAUUCAUACUGGGAAAAGACUUCACAAAUGUGAUAUUUGUGAGAAAUGGUUUGCCCAGUCACGUUAUCUAAAGGCUCACACAUUAAUUCACACUAGGAAGAAACCUUACAUGUGCGAGAUUUGUGGGAAAUCUUUUAUUAUGAUAGGUGACUUCAAGAAACACACAUUAAUUCACACUGGAAAUAAACCUCACAAAUGUGAGAUUUGUGGGAAAUCUUUUACUAAGUUAGAUAAUCUCAAGCAACACUCAUUAAUUCACACUGGAAAGAAACCUCACAAAUGUGAGAUUUGUGGGAAAUGUUUUACUAGGUUAGGUGAUCUCAACCAACACUCAUUAAUUCACACUGGAAAGAAACCUCACAAAUGUGAGAUUUGUGGGAAAUAUUUUACUAUAUUAGGCAAUCUUAACAAACAUUUAUUAAUUCACACUGGAAAGAAACCUAACAAAUGUGAGAUUUGUGGGAAAUCUUUUACUAUGUUAGGUGAUCUCAAGAAACAUGUAUUAAUUCACACUGGAAAGAAACCUCACAAAUGUGAGAUCUGUGGGGAAUCUUUUGCUACAUCAGGUGAUCUCAAGACACAUGCAUUUCAACACACUGAAAGUGGACCUCACAAAUGUGGUAUCUGUGACAAAAGUUUCACUUACUUGAAUACUCUCAAGACACAUGCAUUACUUCAUGUCAGAAAGAAAAUGUAAGUAUGUGUUAGUUUAUGCAAAUAGGUUUUCGUGGUUGGUGCCCUCAAGGCCUAUAAAAUAAUGCAUGUACCAGGGGACAAUAAAUUGUACUUUCGGCGAAAUAACUUUAAAAUCUGGUAGAAUUGUGAAAAAAAAUCUUGUAAUGAUGUGUACUAUAGAGUGCUAACAGAUAAUGUGACAAAAAAUUCAUAUCUGUAGCUUCAGAUGUCAAGAAAUGGUAUUACCAAAUACUCAAGAAACAUGAAUCAAAUGUGUUUUUGUCAUUAGCACUGCUGCUUUUUCCUAUUGAUCUUGCGACAAGAAGAUUGUGAAUUGUGAUAAAUCCUUACAUUUGUCAGUAAUCAUAAGUAUCUUGCAAUAUUCAGUAUAAGGCCAAGGAAAUGUGAUGACUUGCUGCUUAAUAUUCCAAACAAAGUCAUCAUGUAGUACUUGUAACUGUAUUUUAGAAACAGUGACAGUAAAAAUAUAUUCAUGACACUUGCUUCAUUGAGGCUAGUAAACUCAAUACUGGAGAAACAUGAUUAUAACAAUUAUUUUACUCAGAUAUGGUCUGUUGGUACUAAUCCUGCAUUAGUAAACAUAACAACAAAUAUAAUAACCUGCUUAAUAGCAUAUUUGGCCAUCUUUGGAAUACAGUACUUUGACAAUUCUACAUGAUAUGGACUUGACACAUCAUUUACAUGUUUCUGGGUGUAUGUUGCACCAGUUGUAUUCCACACGUUUAGAUUAGCUAAAUGGUAUGGUCAAGACAUCAGUGUCAGUUCCCAUGCUACUCAGACCAUGCACAUGUGACAUGGACAAUUAUCCUGCUGAAAGAUGCCUCCACUAUGGGAGACCACACCAGAAAUGAAGGAAUCCAUGGAGUUGCAAUAAAUGUCAUGUAGUCUGCAACUGUCAUGAUGCCUUCUGUUGCUAACAGGUGUCCCACAGGAGCCAAAGUGACUGCCCCCAUAGCAUAAUGGGCCCUCUAUUUGGUGCCAUUCAUGAUAGCAUAUCUGGAUGUGCAACUGACCUGGUGUAACAGGAAAUGUCACCCAUCCUGACAGUUAACAUUUGAAUUGACCUUCACUCCAGCCUCAAUGAUCCCUUGCACACUGCAGUUGCAAGUGAACAUUUUGGUGGAUUGGUAUGGAAACACAGUGACCAUAUGUUCCAGAGCCACACAUUCAACAAUGUACAUUGAACUGUGGGUUCCAAAACGUGUAUGGCUGCCCCAGCGUUGUUUUCUGUCAUUAGAUAUGCCACAUUUUGCCACAUCUCCACCUUUACAGAGCAGGCAAGCUUCUGACCUCCAUACUUUGUGAAGAAGUAUAGAUGUAUUACAUCUUAUCAUAAUGUGAUGGACUUAUUACCUUUCAGCCACUUUCCUCAGAUGUUCACAACAGUAGCAUAGAUCCAUUGCACCAACUUCACCACUUUUGAGGUUCUAGUUCCCAACUGCAAUGCCACUUUAACUUGCCCUUUGCUAAAGUCAUUUACAUCAUUAAGUUUACAUGUUUGCAGCUCAUCUUACUGAUAGAACAAAAAGUGUAAAUCUAUGGUCUGCUUAUAUACUUUUAAUCUGCUUACUUCAUCAUGUGCAUACAACGUGGCAUUCAUUCUCCUCAUGAACAGUGUUCAUGACAUUUUUGCCCAUCAGUGCAUCUUCAUGUAAAUGGGUCAGAUGCGGAAAUGUGUAAUCUAAGAAAUUCAUCAUGUUUGGUUGCCAUUUACACUAGUGCACAAUAGCUAUGUUUUUUGUGAAAUAUUUUUGUUUCACAAAGCUCUGUACAUAAUUCAGAGAUAAUAUAGGUAAGUGUUAUCCAACAAAGCUCUUAAUUACUUGUUCAGCAUCUAAUACUGCGAAAGUU